CUAUACCUCAUAUAUCUUAGAAAUAUAGAUGAACAGCCUUUUUAGUCUGAUUUUACGUAUGUGAUUUACAAAGCGUAAUCUCGUCCUAGCGAAUAUUUGAAUUUUUUUGUCUUGAGGUCUUCAGGAUUCCUGUCCAUUCCAUACCCCAAAACCAAUAGAAAAUAUGAAAAUCUGUGCAUUGAAGCAUUUUCCGAGAAUGAUCCCGUUUUGCAGUCAUUACUUCAAAUUAUUGGUUCCAAUUUGCCAUAAUAUGAGUAGUAAUUUUUGUGUAAUGUGAUAUAACCUUGAAAUAAAAUAAAAGAGACCCAGAAAUUAUUUUCAUUUAAUUCAGUUGAAAUGGAAAACGUAACAUAGAUGAGUAGUAGGGAUGAGUAUCCCCAAAGAAGGGGGAUAUCUAGCAGAUCUACAGUUCCAGAAAAAGUUGCUCAGUUUUUUUAUAGCUAUGGUCUUUUAGCAAGCAGUUGGCCAUUCUGUAUUUUGAGUAUAGCUGUAGCAAUUUUUCUGAUAUGUUGUUAUCCAUUGCUGAAUUUACCUCUGCCUGGUAACACACCUAUUCAAAUUCAAGGGAAAAAUGUCACCGAAAAUAUCCCCUACAAGCCCUUCUGCUAUGUUCAGCAGUUGGUGUUACGGGUGGCCGUUAUGCCUUGGGAAUCCCACUUAACGCUCGGGGAUGCCUUCAGAGCCCCGCUCUAUGAAUCUUUCAAGUUACUGGAUGCCGUAAGGAAUUAUGAGGAGAUUGAGAGUUCUCGUUCAUUGGCUCAUGUUUGUCUUCAUGUUGAAGCAAUUAAGAGGAUCAAAGCUGUGUAUCAGGACAUAUUGCCCCAAUACAGUUGUUUAGUCUUAUCUCCUGCCAAUAUAUGGCAUCAAGAUGUUGAACAGUUCGCUAAGGAUGAUUCACUUCUAUCCACUAUAUUUAGGCACCAGAAUUUUCAAAGGGGUAAGACUUCAAUCGCUGAGAUAGCAUUUGGAAUGCACAUGGUGGAUACCGGAAUAAAGAGAUAUCCUUUUCGGAAUAGGCAAAGGAUUAUUCAGUUUGCAGUUACUUUAUUUUUGAAAGAAUAUGACAAAGUGUUCAUUGAAGGAUUGAGACAAAAACUAGUCAAACAAUACCCCUUGCAUCAAAACGAGUCGAACAUGUUGGACAACAAUUCUGAGGAAAAUACGAUAGUGAUUCGAUACCCUGGAGAGAUAACUUACUGGGAAUUCGUUCCUAUAACGAUAGCCUUUAUUCUCUUGUUUUUAUACUACUACUUUUCACUGAAAAAAAUCGAAGCCAUAAAAUCAAAGCUCGCCAUGAGUAUCACUGUAGUAAUUACUGUGCUUGGCAGCAUGAUUAUGACUUUGGGUAUAUGUUUUUUUUUCGGUCGGACAUUAUCGCUGAAAGGAAAAGAAAUUUUUCCUUACUUGGCUAUUUUGGUUGGCAUCGAGAAUGUUCUAGUUCUCACUAAAAGCAUAGCUUCAACGCCUUCCCAUUUGGAUUUUAAGAUAAGAAUAGCGCAGGGUCUCAGCAAAGAAGGUUGGGGAAUCACAAAAAAUCUUCUGUUAGAACUGACAAUUCUUACCUUCGGCCUAUCUACAUUCGUCCACAGCAUUCAAGAAUUCUGUUUGUUCGCCAUUACUAGUCUGGUAACGGACUUCUUUCUGAAUAUGACCUUUUUCAUGGUUAUUCUAGCAAUCGAUAUAAGAAGAAUGGAAGAUAUGAACAAAAAGUUCAAUACACAUUUCAGGAGUAGCCUUCUUCAGAAUCACGUCUUUUACGAUUCAUACACACCAAAAAAGAACUCUUUGAAUCGUUCCAAAUCACAUCCCAGACUAUCUACCUACCCAACUAAUGUGGUAGCAGGACAGGCGCACAAUGCUCAGGAGAAGAAAAAAAUUCCUAAGAGACUCAGAUUGGUUAAUAUUUGGGCCCGAACCAGAUUAUUUCAGAGAUCUUUCAUGAUACUCAUGGCUACAUGGAUCUUGAUAAUCGCUUACAACAGUGGGAUAGUAGAGCACUAUAUUUUGAACUACACCAUGAAAUUCUCAGAUACGAAAAUGAGUGAAAUAGACAACUCGACUUCGUCUUUCUCCGACUAUAAAUCUCUGAAAAUGUUCCCGCAUCUAGACAUAAAUAAAUCUUAUGUCGCUCUGAACUACGUUACUCACAAUCCGCUCAACAUAGAUUCCCAGAAUCACAGCGCCGAUUUGUGUAAGUUGAAGCAUCCCGAUUACGAGCCUCGGACCAAAUUAUCGCCGUUUUAUUGGUCCUCGAUCUUGGGCAAAUACAAUAUCUCCUUGAGCAGGCAAUAUAUUACCAUAUUGCCAACUAUUAAAUUAUCCCAUGUUAUCACCCCCGAAGACGCCAUUGUGAUGAGGAAUCCGUAUGAAAAAUACGGGGAAACGUUCCAGUGGCAGGCUUUGGCAGCAGCACUCGACCCCAUGGAGUUCGCUUCAGAUGGUCCAUCGGGUAAAUCGGCGCAGACAGACCAACCCCUAUUUCCAUCAUCUCCGAUGGAAAUGUUUUUGACAACUUUACUAUGCAUAGUGAGCACAGUCGUACUGACCUACACUUUCGUCGUGCUGUAUCGGUGCAUAUGUUCUCGAAAUUACGCGGAAUGGAGGGCUUCUUGGUUCAACAACGAGAAGGGCGAGGAAUCUGAGAACGAGUCCCAGGUACUGUUGGAAGCCAUCACGACUGCCUUGGAGGGCCAUCAACAAUCUGUCGAAUUGCUGGUUUCCGAUGGGAAUAUAAUCGUCAGUUGCUGUUUGGAAGGGACCAUCAAAGUUUGGGAUAAUAACAGAGGGGAAUUGGUUUCCAAUAUUGAUAGAUACAGUUACUUUCGUGUCGAACCAAAAUUGCACUAUAAUUACGAACCUGAGGAACAAGCGUUCUCAGAUUACGAAUCAGGCUCGCCACCCUCGAGGGAUGAGAGUCUCUCUAUGUACCCACGUCUCUUGCACAAGAUCAACACGAACUUCUCCAAUAUAAAAUCGGAUUCUCCCCCGUCCACAUCCGCAAGGUACAAUUUCGACGAUUCCUACCAACUCCUCUACAACAGCAACAGCGUGGGUCCUACCAUAAGGAAUCGGUUGAAAGACAUCAACUGGCUCAAAGAUAUAGUGAGGAAGGAAAACAGGAAGUCUGCAUCUUUGGACAGUGAUAAUCACAGUGCGAGCGGUUCCAGUGAGUGCGUGUUGAUGCUAGAUUCGAACGAGAGUUGUAAUUUCGAGAGUAAAAAGUUUUCUCCUGUGUGGUGUUUGGACUAUUUGGACAAUAUGAUUGUUAUAGGCUGUGCCGAUGGACAUAUGGAGUUUUGGGAUGCCUCGACGGCAAAAUUAAAGUGUAUUUACAAUGAAGACGUCGAUGGAGUUGGAAUAACACACAUAAAACUGAUAGGUUCGAGAGUAGUUGCUGCUAGGUUGUAUGGAAAUCUGGAUUUUUUCGCGCUUCAGUCCUACAAUCAGGGACGACCAGUGGACUGGAACUUCACAGUGGCUUACAGAAGAACCCACAUAAGGACUGGAUCCCAUGGUUCCAUGCCGGAUCAUUCAAAAACCGAACAGAGUGCCCAAGACGAGCUCAGGUGCGUGAAAUUAGUAACUGUUAGGGCUCACCAACAACCCAUCUCUUGUAUGGAAUGCGAGGGCGGUAGUGUAAUAACUGGAAGUUUAGAUCAUACCCUGAAGCUCUCCAAGUUGGAGGAUGGUCGACCGGUGUAUACUUUACACGGUCAUUGCGGUCCCAUUACAUGCAUGUUCAUCGAUGCCCUUAAACCCUCUUUAUCUGGUAGUGGAUCCCAAGAUGGAAUGUUAUGCAUAUGGGAUCUUUCAACCGGGACCUGUCUGUACAAUAUACAGGCACACAAUGGCUGUAUAACCUCGCUUACUUACUCCCCAAGCUACGUUAUAUCUUUGGCAACUGACGACAAAAUGUGCGUGUGGGAGAGGUUUCAGGGGCAUCUUCUAACAACAAUACAGAUAUCCCAAACUUUUUCAUCUCCGUUGACAAUGCUCGCGCCCCAUCUAGUUGUUACCGCUAGAACUGAUAGUCUGGCCAUAUGGGACUGUAGGUCAGGACAAUGUGUUAGAACAAUUCAGCUCGGAAGGUCGCCAUACAUCAACAUAAAGCAGUUGAUACUCCUUAGAGAUGCCGUCCUUUGCGAUUAUGGCAACCAACUGAGAGUUGUGAGGUUCCCUUUGAUAACUCACAAAUUUGAUUGAGUUUAGUGUGAUUUGCUGAUUUUAAAUAUUUGCACCAUAUAUAAUUUCAUCUGAACGUAAUGAAUUCGAACUAAUUUCAAUAGAAUUCCGUAUCAUUUUAGCCCAACAUUUUAUUUUGUCACAAUAAAAUUUUAAUUUUCAAAUUCAAUUUUAUAUCGUUAAAAAUUUUCUGUGCAGAGUUUGUGAUUUUCGUUUGUAAUUGAAAUUGGCAGCAUCUUUGGAAUUGUUAUUGUUGAAAUGAUAUUGUUAAAAUGUUUAAACUCUUUUUUGUUCUCUUUAUGUUGUUCCUUAUGUAUAUGUUGGAAAAAAUUUUGACUUUAUCUAUUGGUGUUUUUUUGUGAAUUUCAGUUAUAUACGAAACAAUCAUCUUAUACAUAACAUUUGUUUAUUGUCAUAUACAGAAGGGAAUUGAAAAAGGCUGAUUGAUUAAUUCAUUCAUGAGCAGUGCUCCGUGUAUAAUUAAUUCGAGUUGAUUUGAAGAGUAAAUUAGCAACUAUUCUCUAUUGCAGCACAGAUAUAUGCGAGUUUCUAUGGAAUUCUCUCUUUACAGCUUUAUUGAGCACACUGUCUGUCUUCAAUCAACAAAAUGAUUGUUUGGGCAGAUUGUUUUCUCGUAAAUUCACCGAUUGUAAUACAGAAAAUCUUUAUAUUUAAUAGUACAUUAACUGAUAAUGAAAGCAUUGACUUAUACAUUAUUAUUUCUGAAACCAAAGAACUAAGAACAGCAUCAAAUAUCUAAAUAAAAAAUCCUUAAUGCAAAAAUCUCGUUUUUGAGAUUGUUAAUUUUCAAUUCGUUAAUUUAUUAUUGAUAUUUGAACAUUUAUAUUUAUUGUUAUUGACACAUCUAACAUAAGAAAUAUUUUUGUAUGUCAAUGAAUCAAAAAAUUAACACAGUUCUAUUUGAAUUGUAAUUUUGUAAGAUUAUAUUUUAUUACUCCA